UACGCGCGCGUGAAACAUACACGCGCACGACAUUACAUAUUUAUAUGCAUACACGGUGACCCGCGCGCGGAGAUAAUACAGUGUAAAUGGCGCUCUCGGCGCAGAACCAGUCGACGUCGUACGUGAACUUGUAUUACUCGAUCGUCCAACGUGCGGCGACGCGCUACUUUAAGGAAUAUUACAACUCCGAUACUGGCGCGCCCUACGUAUUGUACAAAGAUAACAUGGAGAGACCCCAGGGUCAGUGGGGCCCGGGGCCGGGAUCUCUCCAGGACGGUGGACUGUACCCACAGCAGCAGCAACAACAGCAGCAGCAACAGGGUUCCUCCUCGUCGGGAAGCCCACAGCAGGCCUGUGGACCUCCAGUCGAGGGUGGCGAAAGUGGUCCUCCGCCCUCGUUAGCCUCGCCCGUGCCCUCACCAUAUCCUUCGGCGCCUCCCGAGCCUCAAUCCUUGACUCCGCCGGACGAUGAUAUACAGUCAAGUCAAGCCACGUCUCAGCAACAGCAACAACAGCAGCAACAACAAACGCAGCAGCAGGUCCAGCAGCAGCAGCAGCAGCAACAACAACAGCAGCAGCAACAACAGCAGCAGCAGCAGCAAGUUCAACAGCCACCUCAGCAACAACAAACGCAACAGCAAGAUCAUUCGCCGCAACAACAAUUGACUCCUCACGCAGAGGUGGAUCGCAGCGACUGCUUUCCUGGCGCCGGAGAGCUGCAACAAUAUCCGCAGCAUUAUUUUAAAGAAACCCGGCCGCACCCUUCACCGUCCGUGCCACCGCAUAUGCUUACACCCGGCGGCUUCUCCGCGCUGCACUAUCUCAAGCAACCCGGAGUAAUGCUGACGUCUCUCGGCCAAGGCGACGGCGGGCCUGGUCUGGACGCGCAUCAGUACGCGAGUCCGGGCGCGCCGAACAUGGCGACCGGGUUGCCUGACAUUGUGCAGCAGAGCGGUAAAUCGUCCAAGGCCGGUAACAGCGAUCUACGUCUGUUCAAGUGCUUGACCUGCGGCAAAGACUUUAAGCAGAAAUCGACUCUGCUGCAGCACGAGCGGAUCCACACAGACAGCCGGCCGUACGGAUGUCCGGAGUGCGGCAAGCGGUUCCGUCAGCAAUCCCAUCUCACGCAGCAUCUGCGCAUACAUGCUAACGAGAAGCCGUACGCUUGCGUAUACUGCGAGCGUACGUUCCGGCAGCGUGCCAUCCUCAACCAGCAUCUGCGCAUCCACUCGGGUGAGAAGCCAUACCAAUGUCCGGAGUGCGGAAAACACUUCCGUCAGAAGGCGAUCCUGAAUCAGCACGUCCGCACACACCAAGACGUGAGUCCACACCUCAUCUUCAAGAACGGAAUGACGCCGACUCUCUGGCCGCAGGACGUUCCCUUUCCACCUGAAGAGGGUAAGGAGGAAGUGGCAUCGACAUUCGGCGACACGGACACGCAGUCGGGCGCGUUCAGUCCGGCGCCGGACGCCAACUCUAUCCAGUACCCGGCGUACUUCAAAGAUCCAAAGGGCGGUAAUCACGCGGUGUUUGGCGCAGGUGGCUCAGGCAGCUUUGGUGCGUUGCAGUACAUCAAGCAGGGUGGCACGAAGAGCUGUCUACCCGACGUGAUACAGCAUGGCCGCUCGGCCGGCAUGCCGUUGUACGUGCGUUGUCCGAUUUGUCAAAAAGAGUUCAAGCAAAAGUCAACGUUGCUGCAACACGGGUGUAUACACAUCGAGUCGCGGCCGUAUCCUUGUCCGGAGUGCGGCAAGCGAUUCCGGCAACAGUCCCAUCUCACGCAGCAUCUGCGCAUCCACACGAACGAGAAGCCGUACGGCUGUGUGUAUUGUGGACGUAACUUCCGCCAACGUACGAUUCUCAAUCAGCACCUGCGCAUCCAUACCGGUGAGAAACCUUACAAGUGCCAGCAGUGUGGCAAGGACUUUCGUCAAAAAGCGAUCCUGGACCAGCAUACGCGCACUCACCAGGGCGAUCGGCCAUUCUGUUGUCCGAUGCCAAACUGUAGGCGGCGGUUCGCCACCGAGCCCGAGGUGAAGAAACACAUCGACAACCACAUGAACCCGCACGCGGCCAAAGUGCGCCGGAAUUCGAGCGGUGACACGAAACCGCCUGGCACACCCGCGGGCUUGGGUCCGGUACCUGUGCCUCGCGGCCUCACGCCGACGGUCGUCAAGCCGGAGCUUUACUUCCCGCAGUGUUACGCGCCCGCGUUCAAUCAUCAGCCGCCAGUCUCCACCGCGCAGUUCCCCGGCGCCCAGGCGAACGGCGUCUCCGUGACCGGCGAAUUCAAGCCGCCGACCGGUCUGCCGCCACAGUGACUAACCGUCCAUCCUGCCGCCUACUAGCAAGCAGGAAUCCCCGCGCUGAGGUUUCAGCGCUGUUUCGGUCCCGCCGCGUUGGAGGCCGACGCAACGUCAAACGCCAUCGCCGCCGCCGCCGCCGCCGCCGCAGCCGCCUCUCGAUGCGGCCAGCAGCCGAUCCAGCAACAUUACCCGUGACAUUUAUCAUUGUGCAUUUACUAGAGUCUUCUUUAUUUUCGUCGUUUCACACAACUCGCUCGCUCUUCUUGUUCCAUCGCUGCUUAGCAGAACCUCAGAACACACGUCGCCCAGCUAGUCUUGAGCUCGACGGUGAGAAUGGUUUCGUCGCGCAGACCGCAUAAUGCGAUUAUCCGAGAAGUACGUUGCGAAAAUGUGUAUUAUCCGGUCCGCUAUGUCUCUCUCUCUCUGCUUGAUUGUCGGAUAAAAUUAUCUUCGAGAGAAAACCGCUUUUCUGUCUGAAUGUCGUAGCGUACCGGCUAUGAUGUAAGCAAAGAGAGAGAAAGAGAGAGUGGGAGAGAGAGAGAGAGAGAGAGAG